AUGUGCUAUGACUGCUACGUAUCCAUCUGCAAACCCCUGCACUACGGGACCCUCCUGGGCAGCAGAGCUUGUGCCCACAUGGCAGCAGCUGCCUGGGCCAGUGGCUUUCUCAAUGCUCUGCUGCACACAGCCAAUACAUUUUCCCUGCCCCUGUGCCAGGGCAAUGCCCUGGGCCAGUUCUUCUGUGAAGUGCCCCAGAUUCUCAAGCUCUCCUGCUCACACUCCAACCUUAGGCAACUUGGGAUUUCAUGGGUGGGUUUUUGUUUGGCAUUUGGUUCCUUUGUGUUCAUUAUUUUCUCCUAUGUGCAGAUCUUCUGGGCCGUGCUGAGGAUCCCCUCUGAGCAGGGACGGCACAAAGCCUUUUCCACCUGCCUCCCUCACCUGGCCGUGGUCUCCCUGUUUCUCAGCACUGGGUCAUUUGCCUUCCUGAAGCCCCCCUCCAUCUCUUCCCCAUCCCUGGAUCUAUCCCUGUCAGUUCUGUACUCAGUGGUGCCUCCAGCCCUGAAUCCCCUCAUCUACAGCCUGAGGAACAAGGAGCUUAAGGCUGCUGUGUGGAAACUGAUCACUGGAUGAUUUCAGAAAAUGUGAAAUACUGGCCCAUUUCUUCAAAUCACUUGUAAUAAAAGCCAUCUCUGAUUAUUUCAGUUGGGCUUGUGUGUUGGCUUGCUCUUUCAUUUCAUUUGCAUUAUUUUUAUAAUUUUGCCCACUAAGAAACACCAUAAUUUGUGCCCUUUCUCAUUUUACAUUUGUC